AUGGAUAUAAUCUCACAGUUGCAAGAACAAGUGAAUACGAUAGCUGCAAUCACUUUCAAUGCUUUUGGGACACUGCAAAGAGAUGCGCCUCCGGUCCAGCUUUCACCUAACUAUCCUGAACCACCGGCUACAACUACGGCUACUGAUGAUGCUACCGCUUUUCCUGAGCAACCUAAGCAGCUCAGUGCUGGUUUAGUUAAGGCUGCUAAACAGUUUGAUGCUUUGGUUGCUGCACUUCCAUUGUCAGAAGGAGGUGAAGAAGCUCAGUUAAAAAGAAUCGCAGAACUUCAGGCGGAAAACGAUGUUAUUGGUCAAGAACUCCAAAAGCAAUUAGAGGCUGCAGAGAAGGAACUAAAGCAAGUACAAGAGCUAUUUGGACAAGCUGCAGACAAUUGUCUGAACAUGAAGAAACCCGAAUGA